AUGAGCUCCUCUCCGCUGGUGUCCCGAGCUAACAUGGACAUCCUGGAUGAGCUGCAGCUGAUCGCAGCCCAGAACCUGGAGAGGCUGGAGGUCAACAAGUACUACGAGGUGAUCAGGGAGCUGGGCAAAGGCACCUAUGGCAAGGUGGACCUAGUCAUCCACAAGAUCAGAGGCACAAAAAUGGCUCUGAAGUUCCUGAAGAAGAAAACCACCAAGCUGAAGUCGUUUCUGCGGGAGUACAGCAUCUCGCUCUACCUGUCUCCCUGCCCCUUCAUCAUCAACAUGUUCGGCAUCGCCUUUGAAACCGACGAAUACUUUGUGUUCGCACAGGAGUACGCUCUGGCAGGAGACCUCUUCGAUAUCAUUCCUCCACAGGUUGGUCUUCCAGAGGCAGUGGCAAAGCGCUGCGUGCACCAAGUAGCCAUCGCUCUGGACUACCUGCACUGUAAGAAGCUGGUCCACAGGGACAUCAAGCCCGAGAACAUCCUCAUUUUUGACAGAGAGUGCCGCAAGGUCAAGCUGUCCGACUUUGGCAUGACCCGCCGAGCUGGCUCGCCCGUGAAAAGAGUGAGCGGCACCAUCCCCUACACGGCCCCGGAACUCUGCGAUGUGUCCCGCCACGAGGGCUUCUGCGUGGACUACAGCACCGACGUCUGGGCCUUCGGCGUGCUGCUCUUCUGCAUGCUGACCGGCAACUUCCCCUGGGAGAAGGCGCUGCCCUCCGACUCCUUCUAUCAGGAGUUCAUCCGCUGGCAGAGGAGGAGGACGAACACGGUGCCGUCCCAGUGGAGGCGCUUCACCGAGCAGGCCCUCCGCAUGUUCCGCCGGCUGCUCUCCGUGGAGCAGGACCGCCGCUGCUCCGUCAAGGAGGUGUUCGGCUACUUCAGCCACUCCUGGAUGCUGGACACGGAGAACAACAACAACAACGGCGAGGUGAAUGGCACCACCUCAUCGUCGUCUUCGGGCGAGGAGGAUGAGGAGCUGCUGGUGGAGCGGAUGAAGCAGCAGACUCUGUCCCCUCUCUCUCCCAUGUCGCCUGUGGCGGUGGAGCGGGGGAGCGGCGGCGGCGCCAAGGGCGGGUUGAUGGAACAGGUCAACGGCCACCAUUUCGUGCCCGUCUCCACCAACAGUUCAGUGUCGUCCACCAACAGCUACGAUCGAAUGCCGCGAGAGAGCAGUUCACCGGGCGGCCGCAUGCUGGUGGCCACGCCCAUCGAGAUCUGCGUGUGA